GAAAUUAUAGUGGUGAUUGUGUACAUAGAAUUGUGUGAAUUUUUCUUGCUAUAAAAAGGCCCAUCUGCUGAUGCUAAACAGUUAGAAAUCAUCUCAAAUUCAACAAGUAAAAAUGAAAUUCUUUAUCGUUUUUUUCGCACUGAUCGCCGUUGCUUUGGCUCGUGCACACCAUGGCCAUCAUGAACAUGGCCACCAUGGUGACCAAGGAUUCGGCCGAGGUGGAUAUGGUCAGCAAGGAUUCGGGCAGGGUGGACAUGGUCAGCAAGGAUUCGGUCACGGUGGACAUGGUCAGCAAGGAUUCGGCCAGGGUGGAUACGGUCAGCAAGGAUUCGGUCAGGGUGGACAUGGUCAACAAGGAUUCGGCCAGGGUGGAUACGGUCAGCAAGGAUUCGGUCAGGGUGGCCAUGGGCGCUUUUAAUCUAAGAAUUAUUAAAUGAAGCAACUGAUUAAAUAUAAAAACCUAAACUCUGUUUCACCAACAAAUAA